CAGAAAGAGAGGGAAAUCUUUCUUCCGAGUUCCGAGGAGUACAGUAAGGGAGCCGCUAGCGCCGUGUCGGCACAAGGGUACAGUACGGUACCGUACAGACACAGUCUGGACACGCGACACUGAUCCUAACUAACUAUCUGGAGAAGAAGAUACCACUGAUCAGGUGGUGUCCAGGGAUAUUAAACCACACCUGCCAGAUUAUACCUGCAAACCCUCACUAUUCUCCUUCAUACACGAGUUUCAUCUUUUCCCGCCAUAAUUCAAGAAAAUAUGGCAGAGUGAUAUCAAAUAAAACAUGGCGGACAGAACAAUUGGAAAGAUGAAUAUGAAUCUUCUGUUUAGUGAUAUAUAAUUGAAUACUGGGCACUGCCUGAAGAUACUAUCUGGCUGCUAAACCUUCAUAUUUUUACCGCUGACUCGAAUGUCUGACGUGAAGAUGGAGUUGAAACGAAGGCUUGGGUUUGGUUCAGGAGCUAAUCAGAGAUAUGAACUCAUUCGGUCAACUCAGUCUCUAGUAGACAGGUUGAAUUUAAACAGUGAGGACAUCAGUAUUCAACCCGUUCAUCCCAGUAUCAUGGGACAGGAUAACUGGUUUAGUAUCACGUAUACUAGUUCCAACACGACCAGAUACUUCUCCUGUCAGAACUCCAGGGAGAGGGACGAGUGGAUCACCAGUCUCAGGAAAACCUUAACUCCGCUGGAAGAUCGACGGAGGAUGGAGAACAGUCUCAAAAUAUGGGUUUUUGAGAUCAAAGGACUGUCGGAGAAGAAAAAAUAUUUCUGUGAAAUUCAUCUUGAUGAUAAAAUUUACGCGAGAACGUCGAGCAAGAAAAUGGCUGGAAUGUGUUUCUGGGGAGAAUAUUUUAAUUUCCCAGAUCUUCCCAAAGUGGAGAAAAUUACAAUUCUCAUCUACAAGGACAAAGGAAAGGUUCGGAGACAGCGGAAACCUGUCGGGCGCGUCAAGAUCUGUGUUGCGAGCGUACUAUCUCGUCGCGAGGUUGAGAAAUGGUAUCCUGUCGAAAAAUCGUCGCGACGAGAGUCUCCUAGUAUACGACUGAAGUGUCAGUUCCAAAGUAUUGAUGUACUACCACUUCAGGACUAUGAGGAGCUUCUCAAAUUCUUGACGGACGAUUACAAGAGUUUGUGUCGGCUCCUGGAGCCCCAUAUAUCCGUGAAGGUGAAGGAAGAGCUCUCCUACUCCCUGAUGAACGUGUUCAAGAUCCAGGAUAUUGCUGAGGACAUCCUGGCGGAUAUUGUGGUUCAUGAGAUUGCGUCCAAUGACAAUGAUACUUUGACAUUCCGAGGAAACUCAAUUGCAACCAAGGCUAUGGAGACUUAUGUUAAACUUGUGGGUGAGAAGUAUCUUGAAGACACGUUGAGAUCUACCUUGCAUGAUAUCCUGAACAGUGAACUCGACCUAGAGGUCGACCCCAUCAAGGUCAAUAAUCCUGACCUCUUGUAUUCACACAGACAAGACCUCAGGAAUAUUGUUUCAAUAGUUUGGAAACGUAUUGCCAACUCACACAGUCUGUUCCCUGUUCCGCUCCAACGAUGCUUUCAUAAGAUCCGACAGUUUCUAGAACAGGUUGGAAAAGCCGACAUGGUUGAUAAACUUGUCUCAAGCUGCCUCUUCCUUAGAUACCUCUGUCCAGCCAUCCUCGGUCCAAACCUCUUUAAUAUAACCGAUGAGUACCCAAGUGAAAGAUCUAACCGGAACUUGACUCUGAUUGCAAAAACACUACAAUCCCUUGCCAACUUUGCCCGGUAUGAGGGUAAGGAGAACUCAAUGGAGUUUAUGAACGGGUUCCUGGAUGAUGAAAUGCAGAAUAUGAAAACAUUCCUCCAGCUUGUAUCAAGUCCCCCUCCUGAGGACUGGAUUCAUGAUCUCUCUGGGUUGAAUGAGAAAGGAGAUCUAGGAAAACAUCUCUCCAACCUUCACACAAUCCUUGUAGAGAAUAUCUGUAAGAUCCCAUCCGGUGGAAACCUCAACCUUCAGCAUUUAAAAUCCAUCCUCAACAACAUCAACAGCAACCUCCACCGUCCUUCAACCUCAACCCUUGAUAAUAUCGCUGAACCCACCCCUGUAAAGAUAAAGCGAAUGUCGGUUGAGGAUAAGUCUCCGGGUAUACACAGCAUCCAGAGCGUACAGAACAUGAGUAGUGUGGGGAACGUAAGUCAGAACAAUGUUAUCUCCAACUGGAUGUCCUGGACCCUGGGUCGAGGAGAGAAGAGAUCAAAGGUGUGUGAGCCUAUUCCUCAGCAUAAACUAAAGAAUACAACUCUAGGAAAACCAAGCUUCUAUACCCCGGAUGUAACUGAGUCCAGUUCCUCUUCUGCCUCUCUUACCCCUUCUCCCAAGUAUUCAGCCAACCCAGGGCUCUGGACACACUCGCAACAAACUGGAGUUCGGAAAAAUGCGCGAAGUGUGAGCAGUAUUAGUAUUAUUGAUGAUUCAGAUUCCGAGUCAAGUAGUGCUUCAAGUCAUUAUAGGACAGAUGCACAAGGAAAUCCUGCCCUGCAGUUCUCUACUCUACCCAGACCUAGAGUUGAGACAAAAACCCUCUCUGAUUACGAGAGAGAAAUCCACGGACUGCGAUCCGCGAUGGAAUCCCUUCAACUUAAACUCCACGAUGCUGAGAGGAAACUUCAAUCUCAGCAGUGCUCCGGGUCUAGCUCAGGGAGUGAAAGAAGUACAACUUCACCCAGACAUUCCCCAACCAAAGACGAAUAUAUCCCUUUCUCUAAGAACGAGGAGGUGAAGGAAACCUUGGGAAGAUUGUUAAAAGAAGAAGAUCUGCUAAGACGAGAUCAACAAUCUCUAAUUCAUAAGAUGGGAGACAAGGAACUAAUGAUCCUUCUCCAGCAGCGGAAAAUAGCAGCCCUGGACGAGGCAAACAAUAGACUGGUCUCCGAGUUAUCUCGGCUAGGGGAGAAGGUUGGAUAUAGGCACAAGAAACCUAUCCCUGAUACUCCCAAGACUGUGGACGAACUACUGGAUUCCUUUAAUGAUACUCCGGUAUAACAUGAAUAUACUGUAGUGUUUCCUUCAAUCUUAGAGUUCAUCUUUAGAUUUGAUCCGCUCCUAAAUUAAGUUAAACCUUCCACACUACCCCCGCUCCGUUCAAAUCUUCCGUGUUUUGCCAGAGUGUUGAAAUCACUAUAAAGUAGUUGACUGCAAGGUUACCUAGGUGAGGGGAGAGAGAUUAAAUCCUAGUCGGAUGAUAGAUCGUCUAUUUCCGAUUUGUCUGUACUCCGUCUUUAAGAUAGAACUGUGAAUAUCUUCAGGAUCGUUCAGUUCUGGAAAUUGAUUUCGGCAAUCAGAGAUAAAGUUCAUCAUUGAUCAUCAAAUCUCGGGAAAUAUUAUUGAGAGAUAGCAACCGAUAAACAUUUAUACGCAGAGCUAAAACCCGGAAACGGAAUCUGAUCCACGAAACCCUUCUUCUCCAAUGUUGGAGAGAACUGUAUCCGGUUUCCACUAAAAGUUGGUAUUUGAAAGAUAUAAAAAUAGCGUUCUUUAAAACCAUAUUGUUGUGUAGAUGAUCUGACAUACAAUUGUAUAAUUGCCGACAUAUUGUGAUUUCAAAUUUUAUAUGAUUUAUAGCUUUUGUUAUUGUUAUUGGCUUUCUGCAUAUCAUAGUCUAUUCAUAAUAUAUUAUGUGAUAUUUA